AUGACGACUCAGAGUGACAGCGUGUUGAGCCCCACACCUAUACAACAUGAGCUUGUCGCAGCGAAAUACGCCUUCUUUGACUCGUCCGUCCAGAAGGAGACUGCCGUCUACGAUGUUCUUCGGGUCCAGAUGAACAGACACGUUUCCAGUCUCAUACCAAGACUUGGUGAGGAACUGAAAUCUUCGAUCAGCCAAACCUUUGGACGCGACACGGAAUGGAAGGAAGUACAGAUCUUCCCUCUUGUCAGAUCUGUUUUUACAAAAGUAAUUGCCUGGCUUGUUAUUGGUGAUGAUCUGUGUCGUGACCAGCAACUCGUGGACAACUUGGACAAAUUCUCCAGCACGGUCAUACCAAGUGCGAUAGCUAUAUCGUUCUUCCCUUCUUUUCUUAAGCCUUUCUCUUGUCGGUUCAUCUUACUUCUCAACCGUAUGUACCUCAAGAGAUCGAUGAAGAUCCUUGGUCCAUAUAUCGAAAAGAGGAUCGUUGAGAUUGAGACUGGAGCUUCGAAGACUCUUUCACAAGAGAACGUCAUGACAUGGCAUAUCGAGGAAGCCCUUCGCAAGAAAGAACCUCGGGAUAACAUGGCCGACAAGAUAGCCUGUCGCCUCUUCGCCACCAUCAUGGCCGCUUUGGAGUCAACCACGCUUGCCAUGACAAACACCCUGUUCAAGAUCACUGCGAGUGAUUGCUCAACUGAGAUUUGGAACAAUUUGAAACAAGAGUAUGAAGAAGCGGUAUCAGACAAGAUCGAUCUGGAUAGCGUCAACAAGCUGCACCUCGCAGACAGCGCAAUCAAGGAAACUCUAAGGCUACAUACAGCACUCAAGGCUCUCAGUGUGCAAGUCAUGCAACCUGCGGGAAUCACACUCAAGGAAUAUGGGCUUCAUCUUCCCGUUGGGUCUCGUAUCGGUGUCUCGGCAUGUGGCGUACAUUAUGAUGAGGAUAUAUACCCCAAUGCCUACAAAUACGACGCUUUUCGAUUUCUGCAACUCUCCCAAGAUGAGGAAAAGCCCAGUACUGCACAUCGAAUGAUUUCGCUUUCUGAGGAAUACCUUUCUUUCGGUUUCGGAAAACAUGCUUGUCCGGGAAGACAAUUUGCAUCUGCUUUAACAAAGAUAUUCUUGGCUCAUUUGGCAGCCAAUUAUGAUUUUGAACUAGACCAUAUCAAACCAGCAUUCUUUAACCUUGGUCAUCUGCCAACACCACCUGUGGAGGCAAAACUGAGGAUGAGGAGGAAGGGUGGUGCCACCAAGUUGAUGGAGGAUAGUUUCAUAGUCUGA